GAUUUUCCUGUGAAUCCCAAGCCAUUCCUACAACAGCAAAUUGGAAAAAAGGUGCUUAUCCGGCUCAAAUGGGGCCUGGAGUAUAAGGGCUUCCUCGUGAGCACAGACAGCUACAUGAACUUCCAGGUCCCUUAUGCUGACCGAAAGCUCGCAAACACCGAAGAGAUUCAGGAUGGAAAAUCUAAUGGAACGCUUGGUGAAGUGUUUAUUCGGUACGAGUGA